AUGUCGCCCACGACCAUGUGUUUCCUACAGAACGCAGCACAAUUGAGAAAAAAGCAGGAAGAAAGUAUAGAGCCAGCAGACAAGCCUUCCAGUGCACUCCAAGAUCCAUGCAGAGUGCUAUGUUUUACAUGUCGCUGCUUCCGAUUUGAUUUCAAGCUGACCUGCGACGUUAAUGCUUCAGAUGGUCGCCCGGAGGACAGCUCGAUGGCGACGUGUGUCCCCAGUACGGCUACAGAGCCUUGGGUUGAGCGUGAGCAUGAUUACUUAGAAAAGAAGAAGGAAAAUAAGGCAGAUGAUAUGCAUUUGAGAGAGUCAAAUAAAACGGAGGCUUUCGCUUCUGGGUAA